AUGAAAGUCAACUACGAUGUGUCGCCGUCCCCGGCAUUGUCUUUUAGCGGUGCGGCUGUGUCGGCAGCAAGCAUUUGGCAAGUUCAGACGGACACAUUUCACUGCAAGGGCCCAACACCCGGUUGCAUAUUCGUACAACUCUGGAGCGGCGCAGAGCUCUGUGGUCUGGCAAAACUGGUGCUGGAGCCUUUUGAGAAGGAGUCUGUGCAGGAAAUGAUGAGCUUGCAGGGUUACAAAAAGAUCUUUGAGGGCGAACUGGAGGUCUUCGCAGUCAUAAAUGAUGUCGUCAUCGGCAAACUUCAAGUCUGCGCACAUGCUGGGCUGGCCCCAGUACUGCUGGCUCUCCAGGAUCAAUUCCUCCAAGAUUCACGAGACACCCCACUUGAUCCGCAGGAGAUCACCUCGGCCCUGCUACUCCUGUCCUGCGAGGAAGACAUCUGCAACAGUGUUCAGGGUACUGCUCUGGAGGAAAUGCCUAAACCGAAACAGCUCACAGAGGCUCUUCGAACCUUGCAGCCGCUCUUGACCUCAGCCGAGGCAUCUGCAGUUGUGUCUGCAGUUGUGUGUAGCAUGAAGACAGCAGAUCCGAGCAACGGUGUUCCUCUGGUGGAAACCCCGACGUUUCUGGAGCAGCUCCAGCAGCUCCGUGCACGUAUCAUUGCAGUUCAGGAGAGCUUUGACCAGAUGAUUGAAGAAAUUGGGGAUGAGGCAGGUUCCGUGGCACUGGAUUUCCUGGAAGUUGGAAACUCGGCGAGGCUGCAGAGACAGGAUGUGGCCAGAACUCUAAAGUUCCGUGGAUUGGAUUUGAGCUGGGGCCGUCUAGAAGGCGUCUUCCUGGCCAUAGGCUGUCCGGAUCCCUUGGAUGCAGUUCCCGCGGAGAAGUUUGCGCGCCUCUUCCGACGCCGUUCGGAGCAUGUGAAGCUGCGGCAGGCGCAGCUGCGGCAGCUGGAAACAAAGGUUUUGGCGCGAUUGCGCCAAGGCCAGGCGCGACAUCAACUGGAGGAGCUUGUCUGGAGAUAUUCCAAGGCAGAUGACACGAUCGACCACUUGGGCUUAGCCUUGCUGCUUGGAGCUGACGGCUCCUUUCCGCGGCAGGAUGUGGACGAUUUAGCUCUGCAGCUCUUUGAGCGAUUCAGAUCAAAAGGUGGUUCUGUUUCAUCGAUCCGAGUGAUCCAGUGGCUUGUUGGCAGCCCUCCAACCCAGUCAUCUCUGCGAGAUGUGGACCUGAACGUGGCUUCACAGAAGCCCAAGCAACUACUGGCCCAGUUGGCUGCCAAGCUGCCCAAGGUGCAGCCGCAGGUCCAGGCGCCAGAUGCGCUUCUACCGAAAGACGCUCCAGCGGCCAAGCUUCCUUCGAAGCCCGAAGCUUCCACGCCCUUCCAUGAUUGCACGCCCUUGCCAGAGAAAAUCCCUGUCCAAGAAGGCCCAACACGAGCAACACUGCAGCUUGCGCGCCCACUGCGAGGAAGCUUGGAGCGAACUUUGACAGAAGUGAUGCAAACAUCCCUGGACCUGGAGCCUGCGAGGCUUCGCAUCUUUGGGGCGGAAGAGGGCGCCUCGCGCAUCUGCGUGGAAGUUCGCUCUGCAAGGUCUUCCUGGGAGCCUUCGUCCAGAGACGUCGUGGCCAAACUCGCCAGCCAACUUGGAGACCCAAGCUCACAACUUGCAGCAAGUUCUUUGGGAACGUACUUCGUUUGA